CGCAGGGUGGUGAGAAGAAGAAGAAGAAGAAGAAGAAGAAGAAGAAGGAAACAGAACAACAAAUGGCGCAAUAACUAUUUAUUAGCUGCAGCAGGGAGAGAGGAGAGAUAACCGCCGGCACCGACAGCGAUGCGACGCGACGAUGAUGAUGAUAAAUACCAACUGGUAGUCCGAACAACAACAACAAGGAGAGAAACAGCGGGCAAGAUAUAUAUAAUCCUCGGCGACAAGGCAAAGAGAUAGAGAGAAAGGGUGAUAGGCGCGGCGUGGUGUCCGGGGCUGUGCUAAGCUGAGCUGAGCAAGCAACGAGCCGGCUGGCAGAGAGCUGCUGCUCCUCGCUUCCCUUAUCUUCAGUCACAGCACAGUCACAUUCAGCAGGCUAGCUAGCAAGACAAGGCAAGACAAGGCAAGGCACGGCACGGCACGGCGCGGCGUGGCAUGCAAUGCACGCGCCCGUCGCACACCACUCGUCGGACUUUUUAACUGUCUCACUGCGCCCGCGGGUGCGCCGUCGUACACAUAUGUACAUGUACAUACACACGCAUACAUACAAACAACUCAUCACUCCUCCGAAUGCUCACAGCCCGACAAGUCACAAACAGCCAACAAAUCAAGCAAUCAAGCAAGACAGCAUGCAUUUCGUCGCCCCGGUCAUGGCUAAGAGAAGAGAUCCCAAAGAAACUAAAAUACUAAAACGAAGAAUCCGCUCGCUCGGCUGGCUGGCUGGCGCGACGGACUCGAGAGGGGGUGGGUAUCCUAGCUACUACACGUGCGCCGCCCUCGCUGUACAAAGAUUCAUGUCGUACGAGUGCCGACGUCCAGGCCGGCAUCAUCACAUCAGAGGGAUGCAGCAAAAAGUAACGAAUCCACCCAGCAGCUCGCGCGUGUUCGUGGCAACUUGGUCGCGUCAGAAAAAAGAAAAGAAAAGAAAAAAAGCAAGCCCUGCCUUGCGCCUGCCUUCUUUCUUGCCCCCGUCCUGAUGAGAGCCCUCCAUUUCCGGCCAGAAGCAAUGCUUUUUCGUCGCCCUGAAUGUUCCUCAUGAAAUUCGUCACAG